AUGGCAGAAUUUCUGCUCACUUUUGCUGCCGAAGGAAUACUGACCAAGGUGACUAGGCUUGCUGCAGAAGAAUUCACUCUCGUAUUGGGUUUCAAAGGAGACCUAGCACGUCUGCAGGCUUCAAUCCUAAACAUUCAAGCUUUGCUACGAGAUGUCGACCAAUCACAAGUUCGAGGGGAGGCUGUGAAAUCGUGGGUGCAGGAUCUGGAAGACAUAGCUCACGAAGCGGAUGAUGUCUUGGAUGAAAUUGGGUAUGAAGUUCUCCGACGCAAAGUAGAACUCCGAGACCAGAUGAAGAAAAAGGUGAAGAAUUUCUUUUCACACAACAAUCCCAUUGCAUUUCGUUUCAAAAUGGCACAUAAAAUUAAAAAGAUCAACAAAUCUUUGGUGAAUUUGAACAAGGAGGCAGCUGGCCGUAUCGGGUUCGUUGCUAGAACAUUAGCAAAUGCAACCCCUCAAGAUGUUGAAGUACUUGACAGGGAAACAGUCUCCAGCUUUGACAGCGAUGAGAAGCUCAUCAUUGGAAGGGAGGAGGUCGUGUCAGAUAUAGUCGAAACCUUGAUCAAGUCAAACUAUGAUGAAGAAAGUUAUCUUCCAGUUCUGGCUAUCGUGGGAAUGCCAGGUCUAGGUAAGACAACUCUGGCUAAAUCAGUAUAUCAUGAAUCUGAGAUUGAUAAACACUUCAAUGAAAAAAUAUGGGUGUGUGUAUCCACCCCUUUCGAAGUCAAGACGAUCUUAAGGGGAAUUUUGGAAUCUUUGGAACCGGAGAAGGCCUCGUUACAAAGCAAGGACGCGAUUUGUAAGUUCAUUCGAGGAAAGCUGGAAAAGAAAAGAUAUCUUCUAGUGCUCGAUGAUGUUUGGAACGAAGAUGCUGAAAAAUGGAAAGAGCUGAUGAGUUGUUUGUUAACGGUUAAAGAUACUCGAGGAAGCAGCAUCAUUGUCACUACCCGUAGUGACAAAGUUGCAAAAGUCAUGGAGACCCUUCCCAGGUGUGAUUUGGAAAAACUAUCAGAUGAGGAGUGCUGGCUCAUAAUGAAGGACAAAGCAAUUUCAGUUCGGAGUGCUCCUAUAACCAAAGAGCAGGAGACAAUCGGUAAAAAGAUUGCUAAAAAGUGUGGAGGUGUACCAUUAGUGGCAAAGCUGCCGCCCUCAGACUCACCCUACCGGUCAAACCCGAGCCAACACGAUCUGAAGCCGAUUAAGGCCAUUGAAACCGCUUGCCAAUCGACACCAGACCACCUCCAAGCCUCUGACUACGCAAGGGAGCCGUCGACCCCAAUGAGACCCGAAACUAGAACUUCUGCACCGCUGAAGCCGCACGCAUGUCUGUCUUCACCGCCUCCAAGCAAGAUCAAGCGGCUCCCCGGAAGGAAGAUUGUCGCCGUUGUCUAA